GUCACCCGACGGCAGGGGACUAAGGGCCCACGGGCGCGUCAGGGGUGUGGCCGCCGCCACCUGAAAGCUGGGCCGCGAGCCUGGCCCCCGGCACAGCCGCCACAAGUGCCGCCGCCAGCGCCGCCGCCGCCGCCCCGGAGCGGCCCUCCAGAUUAUUUUAGGAAGAAAACCAACUGGAAAAAUCAAUGAAGUUCCUUCUCCUCACAUUUGUUGGUGUUGUUCACCUUUUAUCCCUCAGCUCUGGGAAAACGAUAUAUAAGAAUGACAUCUCUCAGAGGACUUUUCAAGAAAUUAAAGAAGAAAUAGCCAGCUAUGGAGAUGUUGCUAAAGCAAUCAUCAACCUUGCUGUUUAUGGUAAAGCCCAGAACAGAUCCUAUGAGCGACUGGCACUUCUGGUGGAUACUGUUGGACCCAGACCAAGUGGCUCCAAGAGCUUAGAAAAAGCCAUCCAAAUCAUGCACCAGAACCUGCAGGAAGAUGGGCUGGAGAAUGUCCACUUGGAGCCGGUCAAAAUACCCCACUGGGAGAGGGGGGAAGAAUCUGCUGUGAUGCUGGAGCCAAGGAUUCACAAGAUGGCUAUUUUGGGUCUUGGAAGCAGCAUUGGGACUCCCCCAGAAGGCAUUACAGCAGAAGUUCUCGUGGUGACCUCGUUCGAGGAACUGCAGAGAAGGGCCCCAGAAGCAAGAGGGAAGAUUGUUGUGUAUAAUCAACCUUAUGUCAACUACUCGAAGACAGUGCAGUACCGAGUCCAGGGGUCAGUGGAAGCUGCCAAAGUGGGGGCUGUGGCAUCCCUGAUUCGAUCAGUGGCUUCCUUCUCCAUCUACAGUCCUCACACAGGUAUUCAGGAAUACCAAGAUGGUGUGCCAAAAAUCCCAACAGCCUGUAUUACAGUGGAAGAUGCAGAAAUGAUGUCAAGAAUGGCUUCUCGUGGGAACAGAAUUGUUAUUCAGCUGAAGAUGGGGGCAAAGAACUAUCCAGAUGCUGAUUCCUUCAACACUGUAGGAGAGAUCAUUGGCAGCAAGUACCCAGAGCAGGUCGUACUGGUCAGUGGACAUCUGGACAGCUGGGAUGUGGGGCAGGGUGCCAUGGAUGAUGGCGGUGGAGCCUUUAUAUCAUGGGAAGCACUCUCGCUUAUUAAAGAUCUUGGGUUGCGACCAAAGAGGACUCUGCGUUUGGUGCUCUGGACUGCAGAGGAACAAGGUGGAAUUGGUGCCUUCCAGUAUUAUCAGUUACACAAGGCAAAUAUUUCCAACUACAGCCUGGUGAUGGAGUCUGAUCUGGGAACCUUCUUACCCUCUGGGCUGCAAUUCACUGGCAGCGAAAAGGCCAGGACCAUCGUGGAGGAGGUCAUGAGCCUGCUGCAGCCUGUCAACAUCACACAGGUCUUUAGGGCUGGAGAAGGGACAGACAUUAACUUCUGGAUCCAAGCUGGAGUGCCUGGAGCCAGUCUACUUGAUGACCUAUAUAAAUAUUUCUCCUUCCAUCACUCCCGUGGAGACACCAUGACUAUCAUGGAUCCAAAGCAGAUGAAUGUUGCUGCCACUGUUUGGGCUGUUGUCUCUUACGUCAUUGCAGACAUGGAGGAAAUGCUGCCCAGGUCUUAGCAAGAGCAAGAAAGAAAGCAUGCUUGUCCUUUCUGGCCAGGAAUCCUGAGUCUGCAGCUCCAGGAAGUCCUUCUUCAACUAACAGUUUCAUCUGACCUAGUCCAUUUUCAAAGCACAGUACUUUUUCAUACUUUCUAUUACCGUCUCUCUUGAUACUUUCCAAAUUGUGUUUCUAGAGGAAUAAAUGACCCCCACCCAACAUAGAAUCCACAUAUGGUAGAGAUCACAGUGGGGACAUUUCAUUAUACCACCUGUAAAAAAUAUUGUUUCUACUUUGAAAGUAAAUACUGGAUAAAUAUUUGGAAGAUCUCUGGUUUUCAUGUGUGUAUUGAUGAACAUUAAGUCAAAUACAAGGACACCAGUUUUUUAUGCUAUUUAUCGAAGGAGUAGAGGAAUACACAAUUGUAAUAUGGUCUUCAUUGAAUGUAUGGAGACAUUUGGCUUUCUAAUUUCUACAUUUUUAUGUCAUUAGAAUUUUUUAAUGAAAUAUGAUUUUUUAAUUAAAAGAAAAAAAGUCACCAUUUGGAGAUAAAAACUAAGUAUGUAUAAUCUAGUUGCCUUACUCAAGAUACAAAAUAAGGUCUAUCACCAGGUAAACAAUAAUAUAAAUAUACUGUUGAUGUUUUAUAUAUUUCACAAAAGAUUUCUAUGAAGUUGGGGCAUAUUCCCAUUUUGCUGUUGACAAGGUUGAGACUCAGCAAGGCCAAAUAAUACUCAUAGGCUCUAACAGAGAAAAAACAUUGAUCCUCAUCCACUCUGGGAACAAUAUCUACUGUUCUUCUACACACAAUGUCCAGUAUUCAAUUUAAAAAAAUAAUUUAAUGGAGUUCCUGGAUGCUCAGUUGGUUAAGCAACCAACUCUUGGUUUCAGCUCAGGUUGUGAUCUCACGGUUCAUGGGUUUGAGCUCCACACUGGGCUCCGUGCUAGCAGUACAGGGCCUGCUCGAGAUUCUCUCUCUCUGCCCAUCCCUUGCUCGCUCUGUCACUCUCUCUCUCUCACAAAAUAAAUAAACUUUAAAAAUUAUUUUAAAAAUUUUUUUAAUAAUUUUAAAAACUACAAGAAAAAGUAAAUGCAUUGUCAAGAGUUAAAGCAAAUGAGAGAGCCAGACUAAAAGAUAGCCUAGAUGCUGGAACUAUCAGAGAGGGAUCUGACAUAACUUUGGUGGAUACAUUAAAGAUCUAGGACUACAUACAUGAACAGAAGGAGAAUUUUAACAGAGAGAUGAAAACUAUAAAACAGAGUCAAAUGCCAAUGCUAAAAUAAAAAAUAUAAUAUCAGAGAUGAAGAAUUUCCUUAUUGGGUACCUCAGCAGACUGAACAAGGCUGAGGAAAGAAUGAACUUGAAAUUAGGCCAAUAAAAAGUACCCAAACUGAAAUACUAAGGAAAGAAAUAGUGAAGGAAAACAAACAAACACCGAAAUGAUCUUCCAAGAGUUGUAAUCUAAUACAUAUGUGAUUUAAUAUACAUGUAAUUGGAUAGCAAAUGGUCUAACAUACAUGUAAUUGAAUUUCCAGAAGGAAAAGACAAAGUAACAGUUUUAUUAAUGGUAAUAAUUAAAAAGAUUGAUAGAUAGAGUAGGUCUUUCAUUUCUGGCAAGGCAGCAAAGAGAUACUUUGACCCUUACACUAAAAAUUCUGGAUACCAUCUGAGAAACACUUAAAUAUAUAAAUACUGGUUAAAAGUUAAAAAAAUAUUAAACAAAAAACUAAGUGAAGGCAUGAACCAAAAGAGAUACAUAGCACAUUAAAUCAGCUUUCUCUAUGAGAAAAUUUGCAGCAGGUGGUAAACUUCAAUUCCAUUUCACUGCUUUUCAGGGCUCAGGGAACUGUAGACAAAUCUCAAAGACAUAUUAGGGAUACUAGAGAACCCCCAAUAAAACUGAGAUCUCAAAGGAUUAUACCUCAAUACAAUGGUGAACUAAAAAUAAAUUUCAAUACUGCAAGGAAAAUUACCAUUAUUGAAUAAGUGCUGAGUAGAAGGCCCAAAGAAAUUCCCAUCGAUAAUGUUACAAUAAAUAUUAACCCACAGUCAAAUGCAAAAAAAUUUAAAAAACAAAAGCAAAUAAAGAACUGUAGCAUUCUGAGCAAGAACAAACUAAGAAUACAAAACAUAAUUGAACCACAAUGUCUUCUGAUAUUGGAAUUAUUAGACUGAGAAUUUUCUAAACUAUAUCUAUUGUGUUUAAAGAAUCAAAAGAAGAGAUUGAAAAUUGAAUAUGAGAGUACAAGUGACCAGGCAUAUUGUAAAAAAAAAAAAAAAAUAGAACUUAAAGAAAUGUAAACAAUUAUAAGUAAAAAUUUAAACUUAGGGGACCAGUUUAAUUGCAGAUAGGAGAAUUCAUGAACUGAAAGAAUAGUGAAAAAAUUAAUGAGAAUUUAGCACAGAAAGAAAAAACACAGAAAAUAUGAACGAGAGGUUAAGAAAUAUGAAGGAUAGAGUUAUCAUCUAACACAUAUUUAAUCAGGGUUGCAUAAAAGAGAAAAUAAGACAAACAAUAAUAAAAGAAAUAAGACUACAAGAAUAAGAAUAAAUAAUAAAUGAAAAACUUCCAGAAAUAAUGAAAUAUAUCAGUUGACACAGUCAAGAAGCCCAGUGAAUCCCAAACAGAAUAAAUGCAAAGAAAUCUACACUAGGACAUGUUAUAGAGAAACUACAGACCACAGAAAAGAUCUUUGAAACAAGAGAGAAGGGAUUAUUUUAAAAGGAGCAAAAAUCAAUAAUAGCUAACUUCUUAAUAACAGCAACAAUGCAAGCCAGAAGACACUGGAAAGAUACCUUCAACAUGCUAAGAGACAAUUACCAACCUAAAAAUUCUAUGCUCAGCAAAAAUAGCAUACAAGAACGAGAACAAAAUAAGGAUGUUUUCAGGUAAACAGAAAUUGAGAGAGUUUACCAGCAACAGACCUUUGAUAAAGGAAAUAUGAAAAUGUCUACUCCUGGAAAAAUUAAAUGGCCCUAGAGUGAAGACCAAUAGACAAGAAGUGAAAAGUCUGGCUCCACACCAAAAAUCUAUGUGUGAUCAUUUAGACUCAUCUAUAGGCAAUUACAAGGGGGCAGGGCAGACCAGCCCAGCAGGCCUCAUGGAGGAAAGCUAUCCUCACACAAGACUUAGUACACAACUGGUACGUUAUAUUUUUCUGAAGAGAGUUGCAGUCAAGCACUUAGGACCUACUGGCCAGCCAGAUUCAUACAUAAUCUGCAUUUCAAGCCCAACAACUCCAUUCAGAGGCCUCCCUAUUGAGGAUCUUGACUAAGACACUUUUGUCUACUCUGACUUGGUUCUUUUCACUUCUAGCCAUUUCCCCUCCCUUCUCCCUAGCCCCAUCCCAAUCCAUAAAAUGGCAGGAGUCUUUUGUUCAGAACUCUUUGGCAGUAAGAUUCCCCUCCAUCUGUGCUGAUUCACCUGACCCUUGCCUGGUGCGAGGAAAAUGGAAUAUUGGGGAACUGGUGCCUAUUCUUACAUCUUGCAUAUGUUAUCUGCAUAAGUAAUGAAAGCAUGAUUGUUAAUUUCA